AUGCGAUACUGGGCAUCCAAAGAGAGUCGCUCCGGAUUAGGUUCGACGCUGGAAGGUGCUUUCGAUUGGAUUCGUCAUUUGCGCUCAUUAUUUCAUCAUUUGCCCAUUCGAUCAGUUGCCGACAUACCUUGUGGUGAUACUUAUUGGCAAUUUAGUCUCCGAGAAAUAAAUACCAUUGAACAGGUCUAUUUCGGUGGAGAUAUUUCUCGAAAAGUCAUCGAACUAAACCGACGAUUAUACCAAUCAUCACAUCGUAAUAAAAUAUUUCAACGUUGGGAUAUUGUUGGUUGUCCAAUACCUACAUUUACUAUCAUAAAUGAAACACAUCAAGUCAAAGGUAACGAUGAAUUUUAUAGAAAAAAAUUGCCGUCUUAUUUAGACUAUUUGGCAUAG